AUGGCUACAAGAUCCCAGCAAACAGCUACAAAAAGGGAAAACUUCAUGAAGAAGAUUAAUGGUGGUGACAAAGUAACCCAAGCUGCGAGCUUUUCAAAGAGAAAGCCAACCUUGAAGAAGAAAGCAGUGGAACUCAAAACUUUGUGCGCUGUCACAAUUUGCAUGGUCUGUUUCGGUCCUGACGGCAGCAUCGAAACCUACCCAGAGAAUGCUGAAGAGGUUAGGAAAGAAAUCGGGUUCUACAAAGGACUUCAUGCCUCGCAGAAACGUGAGUUCAACCUCUUGAGUUAUUUGGAGGAUGGUAAGAGAAAACUUGAAUCGAAGAGAGAGAAGGUGAGAAGGAAGAACCUUGAAGCAUUGACUGAGAGUUUGUCCAAUCAAAUUGAGGGGUUAUCUGGGGAUGCAUUGUUCUUCUUCAUUAAAACUUUGGAGAAACAAUUGCCGGGUUUGAAGGAAAAAAUCAGAAUGUUAAGCAGUCGUGACGAUAAAGGAAAAGCAAUUGCCCAUGAUAAUGACGAUGAUCAUGCUAAUAUUGUAUCUGUAGACAAAGAUAUGUUUGGUGAAUCUCCUGUCCCUUCUGCUACUAUUGAUCCUGUAGCUGCAUGGCCUGCUUUGGUUACAAAUGACAACAUUGUCGAUCAAAAUAACAAUACUUUGUCAAGUAACCAAGCAAAUUCCAUAGUUCAUGAAGAUUUAGACCUGUUCUUUUGGGAUUCAAAUCAGCUACUACUAGAGUUGCCAUGUUUGGGAUCUGAACCAAGCAAUCCUGUCCAGUAA